AUGGCGCGCCGAAACCGCAGGUGUCCCGUCUGUAAGACGAGGCGAUACGUCAAGGAUUCCAACACUGGAGCUGAUAUCCAGGGUGUCAUCAGCGAAAACCAUGCUGUGGACUACAGCGCCGGUCACGCGCUGCAGAAACGGCGUGUGCGGAAGGGACCGAGAACAAACAAGAGAGAACUCUACGGCCAGCGAGAUCAGAACUAUCUUGCGGAUAGAGGCGCUGCAGAUUCUGCUGCGACUGCAAGUACGGGCCUUGAAGGAACUGUGGGACCUUCCAGAUGUGUUCGAGCGACGUCACCGCUCCCCUCAACAUCCGACCAACGGGGGGAAGGCUCGCGAUCUCCAAGUCCUGGUCCGUCGAGGCAACAGCCCUCGCAACCAAUGGCGGACGAGAAGCAUGACGAGAAAUACGACGAGAAGGAGGACUCCGACGAGGACACGGAUUCGGAGAGGGAUCUCGAGGCUCAGUUUGCCACAGAAGCGGACGAGAAGUCGGAUGAGAAGGGAACCGACGACGAGAACCCCCUCGAGGAUACGGCAGUCGAUGUGUCGGACGACAGUGACGAUGACGGCGCGGACAAGGAGGAAGGGUUGCAGGCUUUGGAAGAGGUGCCGACGGAGGAUACACCGGAACGGCCACAAGAGCGGGUCAUAACGGUAUCCGACACGCUGAUAUGUCUCGUCCUCGGUCUAUGGAUGGUGCGCGCCCCGUUCACUGUUGUCAACCACAACAAGAUCCCGUUCAUCGAGUUCUUCAAGUCUACGCAGCUCCCGGCCGAGAUGAAGAAGCGCAUGAACGGCCCCGUUGCCCGAACGAGCGCGGAACUGACGGCAGACGUGACGUACGAGGAGGUGCUCUCGCUGUUGAACAUGGCGGAGGUGAACCUCUCGAUCGUGGCGCCAGAGUAUAUCACAAUCAGACCUAAGCCUGCUGAACAGAGACCAGACGAGGUCAAUAACCGUCAGAAGAAGGAUAAGAGAGCGGAGGAGGAGAGGAGGAAGAAGGAGAGAGCCGAGUACGAAAUAACCAAGCAAUAUAGCGUCAUCAUGCCCGAGAUGAGCAUCGCCGCCGCGUGGGUCAUCGUCAUGAAGCUUGCCUACGGUCUCGACGGAACGGAGCGCCAAGCUCUUCUGCCCGAUGACCCGCUAAUCGGCCGACCGCGCGCCGAAGACUGGCUGAAGGAGCUGAAGAAGCGCAAAGAGCGCGGCGAGUUCAACUACAAGCAGCAUCUGGAACAUCACGAGGAGGCAAUAGACGCCUUCCUGAACGAUGCGGAGGAGGUCCUCCUGAAGAACCGGGAACAGGAGCGCUGGGCAGCCUCCAACUUCCCCCUCCCGCCGAAGUCCCGCCUCCCCGAAGCACCGACAGCAUGGCAAUCCUGGGCGCCGUUCCGCGCCCACGCGGCCGCGAAUCCAGUGACGCAGGCCCCGCCCAUCCCGUCCUCGACGCGCAACGACGCGCUCCCCCUCAUGCCAGGCGAGAAGAUAAGGUCCUUCGACGCCUCAGACGUGACGGGCACGCUGCCGCCGGACUUCGAGCUCGUGGCCGAUUGCGCGGCCCAAGUGGCCGGCGUGGAGACGCAGGAGCUGCUCGAGAUUGUGGAGGUGUUUGAGCGGAGACUGGAGAAGCUGAGGCCGAAGCGCCAGCUCGAGCUAGGCAAUAGCCAGAGGAGCAGUAAGAAGCUGGCAAGGACGCAUACCAUCUUGCGUAACUCGCGAUACCGAUGA